AUGGGAUACCUAAAGCAAACGUAUGGUCCUGAAGCUAACAUCGUUGUUCGUAAAGCCAUUGACAAGCAAAAGACCCUUCUGUCUGCUGAUGUCGGACACUUCUCCCUCGUGCGAGCCAUGCACCUUGCUGACUUGAUCACUCUCAUGAACGGCGCAUGCGGUGUCAUGUCCAUUUUCUCCUCCCUACGAUACGCACUCGGCGAUCCCAAGGAUUUCGAUAACCUCUGGCUCGCUCUCUUCUUCCUGCCCUUCGGUCUCUUCUUCGACUUCUUCGAUGGCAAGGUGGCUCGAUGGAGGAAGAAGAGCAGUCUCAUGGGCCAGGAGCUGGAUUCCCUUGCUGACCUGAUCUCGUUCGGUGUCGCCCCCGCUAUGGUCGCUUUCACCCUUGGUUUCCGAUCCGUCGCUGACACUCUCGGUCUUACCUUCUUCGUUCUUUGCGGUCUCACCCGUCUCGCUCGCUUCAACGUCACUGUCUCCGUCUUGCCCAAGGAUGAGACUGGCAAGAGCAAGUACUUCGAGGGAACUCCUAUUCCCACUUCGCUCGGCAUGGAUGCUGUCAUGGCCUACUGGCUGUCUCAGCGCUGGGUUCACGACAACCUUCCCCUCGGUGUCUGGUUCCAGGGCUCCGCUCUCGAGUUUCACCCUGCGGUUCUUCUGUUCAUGAUUCACGGCUGCCUCAUGACCAGCAAGACCAUUCGCAUCCCUAAGCCUUAA